UUCCGGACUGUGGUCUGCCGCCCGCGGCCGAAGCCGCUUCCCCCUGUGGCUCUUCUCCUGGCCGGGCGAUCGGCCUGGGGCCCCGACUCCGCCGCGCAGCAAGGCCAAGACUGCUUAGGCCUCUUCGAAUCCCGCCCGACCUGCAGCCCCGAGAGACUGCCUAGAACAAGGACAUGGAGCCGGCAGCAGACGGAUCGCGGCCACGGCCAGGCUCCUGGUUCUGGCUGCCCUUCUUUCCCCGGCGCCCGCAACCCGGCCCUUCCAAGUUGCCCACACCUCCUGCCCCGGAACACUCCGGGGACCCUAGACUGGCUGCUCCCCUCCAGCCCCAGGCUCGGACCGGCUCCUGGAUGAAGCUGCUUUCCCAGCUCUUCGCGCCGCUCCCCAGCCUGCUUCAGAAGCUGCUGAUUUGGAGCCAGCUUUUCGGCGGGAUGAUCCCGACCAGAUGGCUAGAUUUUGCUGGAGGCUACAGCGCUCUCAGAGCCUUGAAGGCUCGGGAGGACCCAGCCGUCCCCCCGGCGCAGAAAUCUUUGAGUUCGCUGCGGCUCGACCCCUCGGACGACUCUGCUGCCAGUUCCCUCGAUUGGCUGGAGGAGGGGAUCCACUGGCAGUGCUCGUCCUCAGAUGAUCUAGAAUUGGAACUCAAAGCCCAGGCUAGAGUUCUGGACCCUGCCGCACACGCUUUUCUGUUAGAGCAGCAGCUGUGCGGAAUGGAGCUGUUACCGAGUGGCCUUCAAGGCCAUCUGUGCUCUAACCGGGAACUUGGCUCUUCGCCCGCCGGCCCUCUACACGUUCGGCGUUUAAGCAGUUUCAGCAGUUUCAGCGUCGUCUCCUAUUUGUUGAACCCCACCUAUCGGGACUGCGUGCCCCGGGUGGGGCUUGGCUAUCAGAACAGCGUGGGAAGUGGCGAACCUGUUGAUUUCCAGACCCUCAGCCCAGAGGGCACCUGUCUGACUGAAGACCUUGAUCCUCCCCGCCCGCUGAAGGCAGACGUCGUUUGCUCCACGCGGCAGGGAUGUCCGCCUCCUAGAGAGGGCCUGCCAGAAAUCCACCAUCUUCGCACGAAACGGCUGGAGUUCCUUCAGCAGGCCAGAAAGGGGGAAGCAUUACCCACCCCAGACCAAGAUAAUGGCUACCACAGCCUGGAGGAGGAACACAGCUUGCUCCGGAUGGAUCUGAAACCCGGCGGAGAUAGUCCCACACAGUGUGUUCCCUUUGUUGGAGCCGUUUCCGGAACCGCCCAGGAACCCACCGAAGGAAAGAUCGCAUCGUUGACGAAAGAGGUUCCACUUGCUUUGGAAAAACAGGACCUCUCGGAAGGUUGUCCGUCUGGUGAGGUGCCUUUGAAAAAAGAGCCUGGAGAGGACCAAAUAAGUGUCGGGGACUCCUCAGACCUAGAAGAUGACAUUCUCAUUUCCACCAGGCCAGCUUGUAGUAACAGACUGAUAGAUUACAUUUUGGGAGGUGCAUCCAGUGACCUAGAAACAAGUUCUGAUUCCGAAGGUGAGGAUUGGGAUGAGGAAGCUGAGGAUGAUGGUUUUGAUAGUGAUAGCUCACUCUCCGAAUCAGACCUUGAACAAGACUCUGAAGGGCUUCACCUUUGGAACUCUUUCUGUAGUGUAGAUCCUUAUAAUCCCCGAAACUUCACGGCAACAAUUCAGACUGCUGCCAGAAUUGUUCCUGGAGACCCUUCUGACUCAGAGAAGGAUUCCUCUUACAAGUCUGCCCUAGAAAAUUCUCCCCAGAUUGGAAGCCUUCCCGAGUCUCCUGACCAUAAUUCUGGGGAGGAAGAUGACUGGGAAUCUAGUGCAGAUGAAGCAGAGAGUCUCAAACUGUGGAACUCUUUCUGUAAUUCCGAUGACCCCUACAACCUUUUAAAUUUUAAGGCUCCUUUUCAAACAUCAGGGAAAAAUUGGAAAGGCUGUUGCGACUCAGAGGGGCUGUCUGAGCCCACUGUGGCCAUUUCUGAUUGUCAAACCUUACUAUCUUGUGAUGUGCAGCUGUUAGGGAGCCGAGAAAGUGAAGAUCCAGACUUGGUACCCGGUGGGGUUCUUUCUGGAGAAAGACGUACGCAUAUCAAGAGAAAAAAGGUAACCUUCCUUGAAGAAGUUACUGAGUAUUAUAUAAGUGGUGAUGAGGACCGUAAAGGACCAUGGGAAGAAUUUGCACGGGAUGGGUGCAGGUUCCAGAAACGAAUUCAAGAAACAGAAGAUGCUAUUGGAUAUUGCUUGACGUUUGAGCACAGAGAAAGAAUGUUUAAUAGAUUCCAGGAAACAUGCUUCAAGGGACUUAAUGCUUUUAAGCAAUGUUAAGAUGAUUUGACGGCCUCUAACUCGAGCAUACACUACCUCUUACUUGAGAGGUUUCUUUUAAAAACAAAAAUUGGCAGCU